CGUCGGAUCUAUCGGAGCCGUCGGAGCCGCCGCCGCGCCGGCCGCGGUCAGAGUCAAGUCAGGACCGCGGACAGCGCCCCCCACCCCGCGCCGCCGCCCCGCGCCCACCAUGACGGCGGAGACCCACCUGCAGGGCGUGGAGAUCUCGGCCGCCCAGUUCUUCGAGAUCUGGCACCACUACGACUCCGACGGCAAUGGGUUCAUGGAUGGGAAGGAGCUACAAAACUUCAUCCAGGAGCUGCAGCAGGCACGGAAGAAGGCAGGCUUGGAUUUAACACCUGAAAUGAAAGCUUUUGUGGACCAGUACGGGAAGGCUACUGAUGGAAAAAUAGGAAUAGUUGAGCUUGCUCAGAUAUUGCCAACGGAAGAGAAUUUCCUGUUGUUCUUCAGAUGCCAGCAGCUAAAGUCAAGUGAAGACUUCAUGCAGACAUGGAGGAAAUACGACAGUGACCACAGUGGCUUCAUUGAUUCUGAGGAACUUAAGAGCUUCUUGAAAGAUUUAUUACAGAAAGCAAAUAAGCAGAUUGAAGACUCAAAGCUAACGGAAUACACAGAAAUAAUGCUCAGGAUGUUUGAUGCAAACAACGAUGGAAAGCUGGAGCUUACUGAACUGGCCAGACUACUCCCUGUACAGGAAAACUUUCUUAUUAAAUUUCAGGGUGUCAAAAUGUGUGCAAAAGAAUUCAACAAAGCCUUUGAGAUGUAUGAUCAAGAUGGCAAUGGCUAUAUAGAUGAAAAUGAACUUGAUGCCCUGCUGAAGGAUCUCUGUGAAAAGAACAAAAAGGAAUUAGACAUUACCAACCUUGCAACAUACAAGAAAAGCAUCAUGGCCUUGUCGGAUGGAGGAAAGCUUUACCGAGCAGAACUGGCUCUUAUUCUCUGUGCUGAGGAAAACUAGAGCUCUUCUAUCAUGUCCACUUAACUAGUGAUGUACUCUACACAAUAACUGUGCACUGUAAGGGAGUAGGCUGUAUUUUUAAACUGCAUAUAGAAAAUUAGCCAGGAUGUGUGGCACAUUCCUUUCAGUUUGUUUCUAUACUGUUUGUAAUGUACAGUUUUUGUAACAAUAAGAUUGAUAAAGAGAAUGUCUAUGUUUGGGCCAGUCUUUCAAAAAGAAACUAAAAUAUGCCAGGGUUGGUUUUGGUUGGGUUUUUUGCUUUCAUAAACGUGGCUGGAUAAAAAUUAAACCUGCUGACAUUGCUGUGGUCAUCAUAUCCUUUGACACUUGCAAGAUUUCUUGUUGAACUACAUAACAAAAAGAUCUACAGGUAUCUUUCCCAUUUCAACUAAAUGUGAGGUUUUUAAAUAUAACAUGAAUUCAGAUUAAAUAUGAUCUAGGUCCGAAAGAGGAAAGAGACAUUGGCAUGUCUGAUUUCCAAAACUUAACAAGGCACUAAGAAAUAUUUUUAGUUGUCAAGCCACCCACUUACAGGUCUGUGCUCUCUGCAGUUUUACAAUUACUCUUCUCAUUAUGAAUUCAUAGCAUAUAGACAAAGCAUUUAUCUGGAAUAGAUCUCCAUGCAGUAGUUGAUAAAAACAUAGUGUUUCCAAUUUAGCUGUUUUACUGAAUUUAAACGUAGGCACUUCAUAAAUAAAUGCCUUUAAUCCAUCUUGGAAUCCUGGGUAAAUGACAGGUAGUAUAGUUAAUACACAGAUUAACAUAUGGUAAGUGUACCUUUCAUGACUAUUGCUGUGUCAGAGAAUAUGACAAUCCAUUUUCUAAACUAUUUUCACAUUUUGCAGGUUAUAAUUAUUCUAGUAAAUUGCUGUUUUUACAUCAUAUUCUGUGUAAUCUAUAAUUAAAUUUAAUAUCCUAAGAUU